AUGAAUCCAAGACAUAUUGAUGAUUUAAAUAAUAUGCAUAAUUUUAUUCCUACACGUAUCCAAUGUUAUCUGUGUGAUUUACCACGUUAUCCAUGGGCAAUGCUAUCAGAAUUUAGUGAACCAGUAUGUCGUGGAUGUGUAAACUAUGAAGGAGCUGAUAGAAUAGAAUGCGUUCUCAGUCGGGCUAGACUAAUGAAAAUGCAUUAUUUACCACGUUUUUAUUCACAAAAGACUGGGAAUGAAAAAUCAGAGGAAUUUCCUAUGAAUACUCCAUUAUUAACAUCGUCAACAAGUGAUGAACGUGGUAUUCCAUUGAAUGAUUUAAAUAUUGAAGCUAGAAAGUCACCUUUGGAUGUAAACAAAUCAUUUUCGUUUAAAACAGGUAAAAAUUUUGAUUUACAUCUUUUAUCCAAUCAAUUCACUGAUGAUUUCUAUAAAAGUAUAAGUAUGAUAACAGGGAAUAAUACACAGCAUACUACAGAGACAAUACCUUCAUCUUCAGGGUCAAUGACUACAACAGAGACAAGUAAUACACGCUUUCUACAACGUGAGGAUAAUUUGCCAAUUCGAUCAAAUGGGAAUCAAAAUAUACUUUCAAACUGUGAUAAUCGUUUGAAAGAUGUUUGUAUGAACUUCUUAAAAUAUAUUUCACUCCCAUCUUUGAUAUCAUAUUCAUCUGCAUACACUAACUCAAAUCCUAAAUCAAUAUUCUCUUCUGAAGAUCAAUUAGAACAAUCAAAUUCAGCAGUGAAUAGUUCAUCAAAUCAAUUAAAAUGUAAUAAUCCAAGUAAAGGAGUUAUUGUAUCACCUCAAAAUGAUAACACAUUGAUUAAUAUGAUGAAUUCUUCAAUAUCGAAUAUCAAUACAUUUCAUUCUAAUGAUAUAACUUCUUUAAAUACUCUUAAAAUAAUCAAUAAUUUUGUCUCUGAUGAUACAAUGGACUCAUCGAAUUCAGAACAAAGGAAUAAAUUAACCUCAGAGUCAACAUUACAAUCUCUUUGGAAUUCUCAUCUACUAUCAACCUAUAUACAAAUGAUUGGAAGUCUUCUAGGAUCAAAUUCAUUGUUUACUGAUGAUAUUAAUCAUCAUCAUCAACAUCUGUCAUCGAAUAACACGAAUCAUCAAAGUAAACUGAAUAUUCAACUGAAUUCAACUGAACACUUUAUGAAUCCAGUCAUACAUCCACCAUUAUACAAUGAAAAUUCUCAUAUUGAAAAAUUGUCUAAAUUGAAUUAUAAUCCAACAAAUUGUCAUCUAUUGUUAGCUCAUCAUUUAAAGUUACCUAUUGUUAUAAGAUUACGUAAUCAACCAAAUAUACAAGCUCAUUUUUUAGGCUUAAAUCAUACUUCUCUAUUGAAUGAUAAUCUUAAUUUACAAGAAAAUAAUUUAUUAAAUAUGAUGUUUUUUGAAUAUCCUAUUGGUUCAUCGAAUAUCUGUACAGGUUUUAGUCAAUUGAUAAGAAUGAUUGAUAUAAAAGUUAUUCAUCAAGAGAAAAAUAUUACCAAUAAUAUGAAUAAUAAUAGUAGUGAUGAUAUCAUCGAUAAUGAUAUGAGUUUAGAAGUUGAUCAUUUUGAUUAUGAAAUUGGAAAAGAUGAUAAGGAUCAAGUUAUAUGGGCACCAUUUAUUGAUUUAAUCUUAUUAAUACUUCAAUUAAUUUAUCAACCAUUCAUUCAAAAGUCGACAAUAAAUACAUCAUUUUCACAAUCUAAAGAUUUAAUUAAACAGAUAAGUAUGCUAAAUAAUACAACAGCUAAUUCAUUUAUUUUAUCAAGGAAACGAAAUUUCUAUGGUUAUAGCCCAGAGGAUUCUGUAAAUCAUUUGUGCAAUACUGAACAAAAACAACCUCGAUUUGAUAAUGUACAAAGUGAACUGAAUCGAAUUAAAGGUCAUUUAGCUAAUAAUAAUAAUAAUAAUAAUAAUAAUCCUUUAGAAAAGGUGAAUGAACAAUUGAAGAAAUGGAAACCGUUAUUACAACCUAGAAAAUCACCAAGUAAACGAAUUCUGUGUAGUCUAUGUCCACGUCAUUUAGAAGGAAGUCAUUUUGUUCAGUGUCCAGCUAAUCCAGAACAUAAAUUUUGUUUUCAAUGUGCUAAAACUUAUUUAGAAAAUAUAAUGAAUGGAAAUCAAUCAAAUAAUUUGAAUAAUGGAAAUGAUUAUUUAAAUAAGAAUUUAGAGAUUUAUUGCCCUAGUGGUAAAAGAUGUGUUUUACCAGGUUCUAAAUCUCCAUGGGCAUUUGUAACUUCUGAGAUAGCUGCAAUUCUAGGCAAAACUCAAAUGAAUGAUCGUAUAUCUCGAUGUGAUCAAUCAUUUUUGAUUGAAAAUACUACUGUACAGGAUACAAUACCAAAUAUUACCACUACUACUACUACUACUAACAACAACAACAACAAUAUGAGUAGUGUUAGAAGUAAUAGUACAUCGACUCAAAGUGCAUCAAUCAAUUGUCGACUAGAAAAUUUUUCAAAUAGCAGCUCCUCACAAUCUUCAUCCAACAGUCAACACGACAGUAAUGAUCUUUUAUCUCCUCAUAGUAUAAACUCUAAAACUCCACCUGAAUCACCAAUUAAACUGUCAUCUAGUGAAAUACCUUCAUCCUUUGGUAGUAAACCAGUUAGUAUAGGCAAUCAUCAACUCAGUAGCAAUAGUAAUCAUACAGAAAUAAUAAAAACACUAAGAGAUAGUCAUACUAUAUAUGGAAAACUACGUAGUCAGAAGCAUUUAACUUCUUCCUCCCCUUCUAUAUCGUCUGUUAACACCACUUCAUCCACAUUGUCUCUUUCAUCUUUGAUGACAAAAUCGAAUGAAAUAAAGAAUAAAUCUUCACAGAAUACAUCAAAAAAUUUAAUAAAAUUAACAGGAAAUGAUCCUAUUAAAAAUAGUAUUGAAGUAUUAUCACCUAUUGAAAGAAAUCAGAUUUCAGAUGAUGAAUAAUUCAUCUGAUCAUCUUUUUCAUUGACUUGAUUGUAAGCAUCAACUUACCUCUUCUUUUUAUCAAUCAGUAAUUUCUAAAUUUGUUCAUUUCUUGUACAAAAUUCUGUUAUUAUUAUUAUGGAUGAUGAUGAUGAUUAUGAUGAUGAU